ACAUUAUUUUAGGCCUCGUUACUCUCUCACUCACUCUCUGGGUCUCGACCUCUAUCUCUCAACCCUCUCUAAACCCUAAUCUCUCUCAACCGAUUGAAUCAACCUUCUUCAGCCCCGUUUGAUCUAAUCACAGAGCAAUUGGUGAUUCAUCUCAGAUCCAAUCUCAGAACGAUUGGCAAUUUCGAUUUUGAGAUUUCGAAGCUCCAUCGCCUCCACCAUCUGCACCGGCGAGGGGAGUGAGCACCAUUGUCUAUUAAGCACCCAUGUAGAUCCCAGGGCAACCUCUUCGACCGGCACCAAAUGGAACAAGCUCAAAAUGUUGACCUUUGAAGUCAAUAGCACUUCCCAAGAAUCUCUUAGCGAAGAACUCUUCUAGGUUGUCCCAAGCUUUGGGGUCUCUUCCAAUGGCCCACGCGUUCUCAUUGUUUCUUUUACUAUAGCCUUGAGGUAUGGAAGCUUUUGAAGAUCAUGAGUAAUGCUAGGCAUCAUGAAAGAAAUAUCAUAAAAAGCUUCAUGAAGAUUCUCUAUCCUUGGAUUACACACAAUGAAACACCACACACUAAUCGAAUGAGCGAAGAAGCACUGACACUCCAAGAUAGGUGCCGAUGCUGUGUCCGACAAGUGUGUCCACAUGAGAAAACCACUUGAUUGGCAGGAUUUUGUUGGGAUCAUUACUCUGCUUUUUAUCAAUUCUAUUUUAAGUUUUAUUGAGGAGAACAAUGCUGGUAAUGCUGCUGCGGCUCUCAUGGCCUGCCUUGCACCAAAAGCAAAGGUUCUUCGUGAUGGAAAAUGGAGUGGGGAAUAUGUAGUUGUUCUUGUUCCAGGUGAUGUAGUUAGUAUUAAACUUGGUGACAUAAUCCCUGCAGAUGCUCGUCUCCUUGAGGGUGACCCAUUGAAAAUAGACCAGUCUGCACUGACAGGUGAGUCCUUUCCUGUGACAAAAAGCCCUAGGGUUGGGGUUUAUUCAGGAUCCACUUGCAAACAGGGAGAGAUUGAAGCAGUGGUCAUUGCCACCGGUGUCCACACCUUCUUUGGCAAGGCUGCUCACCUUGUGGACAACACAAAUCAAGUGGGCCAUUUUCAGAAGGUCUUUGCUAGAGGAGUAGACGGAGAGGCUGUAGUUUUGAUGGCUGCUAGAGCCUCCCGAGUGGAAAACCAAGAUGCAAUAGACGAUGCUAUUGUCGGGACGCUGGCUAAUCCAAAAGAGAGUGUUAAUUAGUAUACAAACUUUCUACUACAUAGGAUCGGGGUGCAAAAAAAGUUUAUACUUCUGAUUUUGAAUUGCUGAAACAAAUGCACCAUAAUAUUGAGUGAGAUUUUCCUUCUGAAUGACUUUUGUUAUCAAUUCUCCAUUUAAUGUGUGUUCCUAUUUUUCUUCUUUGACUUCUACUAAAAACUAAGGCAUGAGCUGGCAUUCAACUAAUAAGUGAAUAGCUCUGACGUAUAUUGACAGUGAAGGUAAAAUGCAUCGAGUCAGCAAAGGUGCACUAGAACAUGUAUAUUAAUUAGUAACUGUUUCCAUUAUAUCUUGCAUCUGAUAUUGCUUCUUUUUUUUUCCUUUUUAUCUUUUUUUGUGCCUAAAUCAUAAAUCACUUUAUUGCAGAGCUUGAGAACACCCCAAAUAAUUAAAGAUUUCCAAUAUGCUGCCACAUUUCAUGAUCUCAACAAAAUAGGAGUCUCUGUUUGACUUGGGCUUAAAAGCUGUUUUUUUUUUUUUUUUUUUUUUU